ACUAAAAACAUAUUUGAAAGAAUAUGAAGACAAGGUAGCAAACAUGAGAAAACAGAUGGAAUCGUUAGAAAGAGAGAAAAUUCAACUUCAAGGCUGCGUCGACGAAACACGAUAUAUAGUUGAGGAGCAUAGGCACGAGGUAACUAGAUCAUCACUUUUGAGUAAGAUGUUGUAGAGGCAGCCCUAUACCUUAACAAUUUCAGCACAUGAAUGAAGGCAAACUAGCAUAGAUUAAGAAAGACUGACCCACUCGUGGUAAGGGAGAACUGCACAUUACUAAACUGUUAAUGUUAAUGACUCACUUUCUGGUUCUCACUUGCCUCAAGGUUAUUUCUCCUUAGGUCCUCGUCCGCAGUUAAAUAAUGAUACUCCUUCUAUUUUCCUUUGGCUCUCGUCACAUUCUCUCAAUGUUAUAUACAGAAAACCAAAGAACAGCGAGAAUCACAGUAUGCGAAGCACACAUGAUUAUAAUAUUUCCUACCUUAGACUAGGAGUAAAUCUGCAGAAAUAGAAAGAUUGGUUGCACAAAUCAAGAAUUACGAGGAUAGAAUGGACAGAUUAGAAAGACAGGUUGUUCUAAAGGAGAACGAGAUCAACAAGUUACAAGGCUCACUAGAUGUUACGAAUUCUUUGGUAGAUGAAUUUAGGAACAAGUCGAGGUUUAAAUCAGACGAGCUAGAGAAUCUUCGAGCUGAAGUCUCUUCUUAUAGGAGUAGGACAGAUAGGGAGCUUUUACAGGCAAGUUUCAACUCUAAUGAAACGCAAGUUUUAAAAGAUAAGAUAAAAGAACUUGAAUCCAAAUUACAAGAGCAGAAAGCACAGGUAAAAAGUAGUUCAUAGAUGAGUCACCAGGGCUCGAAAUAACGGCCAGACAUAUGCAGGACAAGAUGUCCCUCUAAAUUCAAUUUUGGAAGGUUAUGUCGAAUUUUGA